CUCUUUCCGGAGCAAAAAUGAAGCUGAAAUUGUUUACUUCCGGGGUAGUAAAAACUCAUCGCCGCGCGCUAAAUUCAAGUUUUUUAGUUGGAUGUCAGUAUGGAUGGUGACAGAAUGGAGGUUGUUGGUGAGCCUCAUCAAAACGGCAAUGGCAUCAGCAAUACAACCAUCCAUGUGGAGGUCCAUGUAAAGUUGAGAAGUACUGCAAAGAAGGCUGACAUUAAAUUGCACACACUUGGACUGCUGAAUCGGCACCGCAUGGUAUUUGGGAACUUCAGGUGGACUGAGUUUGAUGAAGACUUCCUGAAGAGGAAUGUAGAGUCAGUAGCCAUUGUGGAUGCAGAGAGACAGCCAAUAGAUUUGAAGAGUUGCGAUCUGUCAAUGCACAUUUUCUCCUUGAGUGAUGAUGGCCCCAGCAUGCUCACUUUGGAGGAGGACGAGGAGCUGUCGGCAGCCAACUCUUGGCUUCUACCAGCAGCUGAAUUCCAUGGCAUCUGGGAGAGCCUGAUCUACGAUAGUGGAGUUAAAACUCAGCUUCUGGACUACGUCUCUACAACAAUUUUCUUCUCCGACAAAAAUGUGGAUAGUAACCUGAUUGCAUGGAACCGAGUGGUUUUACUCCAUGGACCCCCAGGCACAGGGAAGACGUCACUGUGCAAAGCGCUUGCCCAGAAGCUCUCCAUCAGACUGUCAAACCGGUACACGUACGGGCAAUUUGUGGAGAUCAACAGCCACAGUCUUUUCUCCAAGUGGUUUUCAGAGAGCGGGAAACUCGUCACCAAGAUGUUCCAGAAAAUUCAACAGUUGAUUGAUGACAAAGAAGCUCUUGUUUUUGUUUUAAUCGAUGAGGUGGAGAGUUUGACAGCAGCCCGUAACGCGUCCCAGGCCGGCACGGAGCCCUCGGACGCCAUCCGCGUGGUCAACUCUGUCCUCACGCAGCUGGACCAGAUUAAGCGGCAUCCUAAUGUGGUGAUUCUCACGACCUCCAAUGUUACAGAGAAGAUAGACUUGGCCUUUGUGGACCGUGCAGAUAUCAAACAGUACAUCGGGCCUCCCUCAGUGGAGGGCAUCUUUAACAUCUACCUGUCCUGUCUUGAGGAGCUCAUGAAGUGCCAAAUCAUUUACCCUCGGCAGCAGCUGCUCACCAUGUUCGAGCUGCAGACCAUGGACUUCAAGGAGAGCAACGUGUCCCAGCUCAGUCUGGCCCUCAGGAGCAUAGCCAUAAAGAGUAAAGGGCUCAGUGGCAGAGCAUUGAGGAAGCUUCCCUUUUUGGCCCAUGCCCUGUUUGUGAAGACCCCCAGUACUUCCCUGGAAGGAUUCCUGAAGGCUCUGGACAAGGCAGUAGACAAACAAUUAGAGGAGCGAGCACAUCUGGUCAACUGUGUAUGACACACUCACACUCACACUAGCGCUCACACUCACACCAGCACACCAGUUUACCAUGUGACUCCGAACCAACUACUAACAUCCCACAGAUCUAAUAUCUGAACUCUCCAGGCAUUUAGGCUUGGCUCAAAUAUGUGUAAUGCCAGUUCUAUGCAGUUUGCAUGAAUGUAUUUUAUUGAGCUGAACAUCGGUGCCAUGUGUGUCUUGACUCCAUGGAAAGGGACUGAGAGCCUGCAUGGGAGUCAAGACUCCACAGGAGCACUGAAAAUGCACUUUGGAGCGUAACCUGAGUCUUGACAUGUCAAAACCCUAAUAACAUACUGGGGUAUUGUACAGUAUAUAUCUACUAGCAUCUAGCACUUUUAUUCUACCUUUUUUGUCUCCUCUCUUCUCUUAUUUCUCUUCUUCUGCUCUCUUGCGUGUUCGUAUAAUCCUACAAUCUUCCUUUCACAAAUGUUCAAGUAUUUGUGCCAAUUUCCAAAUAUCUGUGUUGAAAGCAAACAAAUUUCACUCAGGUUAUUAUUUUUUUCUUAUAACAGUCAUAUGUUUGUGUACAGGAUGUUAAGUUCCACAGCUUCAGCCAAACAAUAUUAUCGCAUGCUAACUCGGGAUUCAAUAUUUUGUUGUUCCGAACUAUUGUUGAUUUGGUUUGGUUUGUUUACAUAACAUUGGAUAACGUUUCUAUUAAAAUGUUUUUAAUUA